AUGCCGACCUCGCCCCCACGGCCCGCGCUUUACACCCAGCUCUCCCUGGGGCCUCCUUCCCUCUCGCCCGCACAACCGCAGACUCCCAUGCGGCAUCCCAGCGGUGGCAGCCCGGAGGCGGAGUGGCAUCCGAGUGGAGGAGACGGCGGAGGUAGAGCGGCUUCCCAGCCACGGAGGCAGAGCGGUGUCCGAGCGGAGGAGGCGGCAGAGGCAGAGCGGCUUCCCAGCUGCGGAGGCGGAGCGGCAACGACGACGUCAGCGAGCCUGCAUCACGAACAGGUGGUGCUCCUCCGCUGGACGCUAGAGCUGGUUCUCAUCGGAGUCAGAUCUGCCAACCUGUGCUCCUGUGCUGUGCCAGAGAUUGAUAUUUGUGCUGAUUAUUAUGGAUGCGAAAAUAUGGAAAAUGAGAUUGGGAUUGUGUUUAUCGUUGAUUUUUAA